GAGGGGCUGGGAGCUGGGAGGGUUCUGUGUUGGAGAAGCCGGGUGGUGGUCAUGGCAGAAGCCCUGGGCAUGGGAGGAGUAGUCUUAGGGACAGUAAGCCCCACAGUGUGGCGCUUCAGAGUGUGGUUUCUGUGGGGAGAGGCAUUAGAAUAGGGAGCGAGAGGGACCUCAAGGGCAAGGAGAAUGGUACGCAAUGCAUCUCCUUGGGUGAGAGGGAAGCUAGGAUCUGGGAAGUGUUUGUGCUGGGUUAGGGAUUUGUGGGACAGCUCUUAGCAGGUGAGCACUCUUGGGAGGAGAGGGAGCAUUGGAGGUGUAUGGGGUGGUAUUACCUGCUUUGUUUAUUCCCUCUGGGGCACCUGGCCUUGGCCACUGUCAGAAGGCAGGACACUGGGCUAGAUGGGCCUUUGAUCUGACCCAGUCUGGCUGUUCUUACAAGGGGGAAUGUAGGGUGGAUGCAGAAGUUAGAGUAGGAUGAGGGGAAAAGGGGGGGAAGAAGAAAGCGUUAGGUGAGGGAGACGGAAUGAGGUUAGUUAGCCAAGCUGCCCUGUGUGUGUGCGCUAGGGAUGGGUGAUGUGGAAACACAGAGACAAUGGCUGUGUGAUCCCACUGUAACCAUCCAGCUCCAUUUGACCCAAUGCACUGACUCCUUUCAGUUGCAUCUGAGGGGGGAGAAAAAAAGAAAUGAACAAGAACAGGAGGCCGCCUCCACCACCAGGCAGUGGUGCUGCCAGAGCCAGACAGAUGGGUUUGCUAGUGGACUGCUCUCCGGAGGGGAUGAGGAACAACAAUCAGGUGGAUGAUGGUGAACUGGAAGCGGAAUUCUUGGCUAUCGUUGGAGGCCAGCCAGAUUCAAAAGAGAAGCCAAAAGGGAAAACCCCUUUGCCCAUGGAAGCUAUUGAGAGAAUGGCUGCUCUGUGCAUGAAGGACCUGGAUGAAGAAGAUGGGGAAGAGGAAGAAGAUCUGGAAGAUGAAGAUGAUCUGAUGGCGGAACUCCAUGAAGUCCUAGGUGCAGAAGAAAUCCAGGGUCCUCCAGUACCAGCUGCUAAGCAGGCGGACACAACGCCAGCGGACUCCGGCGGCGUGGAGUCCACUCUGGUGGAGAGGCGGGAAAUGUACAGAGCUGCCAUCGCCAACGCGAAGCAAGCUGGUGAUAGCUCCAAGAUGCGCAGAUACGAACGGGGCCUCCAGACUUUAGAAAACAUGCUGACCUCUGUGAGGAAGGGCAAAAAGAUCGAUGAGGAAGAAAUCCCUCCCGCAGUCGCACUGGGAAAGGGCGGGAACUCCCCCCUGCCGAGUAUAUCCGGCCAUCCUCUGCCACAGCCACCCGCCGCAGCACCUCCACAGGCCCCCUCUGCAGCGUCUGCCAAGCCGCCGCCUCCUGUUCUGCCAAAGCCAGCCCUGGCCUUGCCCAUCAGACCCCCGGGGACGCCAGAGGGAAAACCUGCCCCUUUGGCGCGAUCAGGUCCUGAAAACUCCAGCCCACAGGCGCUCCUCCAGGACAGGCAGCGGGCGUACAAGCUAGCCGCGCUGCAAGCUAAACAGGAAGGCAGCGUUGAGUUGGCCACGAAAUACUACCGCAUCGCGAAGAGCUUUGAUCCCAUUCUAGAAGCCAUGGGGAAAGGUGAAACCGUGGAUCUGGGCCGCCUGCCCCCUCAUCCAGAUCAGCUGCCCAAGGAGCUGCCGUCCCCACGCCCGCAGCAACAAUCCGCUGUGUCGCCAGUGACGCCUCUCGCAAAAUCCCCAGCCUCCGUUGCAGACAUCCCUGCCCCCCCUCGCGACAUGCUGGAGGCUCUGCAGCAGAGGAUGGAGAGGUAUAAAACAGCCUCCGCUCAGGCCAAGAGCAAAGGAGACGACCGGAAGGCAAGAAUGCACGAGCGCAUUGUGAAGGUGAGGAAACCGUGCGAGUCCUGGAACCCCCGCCUAACCGUACGGCUCAGAGUGGGUCCUGGCUGCCUCACCCCCGGCAGAAACGCUUCUGAAUUGGCGCUGGACGGCAGGAUAGCAUUCUCUAGGGGGCAGUGCUGCUGGGCAUUCGAUUGGUGGUUGUCUUCUGGUGCCGACCUCCGUGUCCAGGAGCUCCGUGCCUCUGAGGAGGCGUCCGCAGGGGACCAAAGCAUCGUGGGAGUCCUGGAAACGGCUAUGAAACUAGCCAAUCAGGACGACCGAGAGAAUGAGGAGGCAGAGGACGAUGCGGAGGCGAUGAGGAAGCACCUGCACCCCCCCUCCUUUUCCAGUUCGGACUCCCCUUCGCGUGCGGUCCCAGCAUCCGCCCACCUCCUCUUCCUCUUCCUCCCGGCAGCCCAACAGCAGCUGGCUUUCCUGGAGGGCAGGAAGAAACAGCUGAUGCAGGCGGCGCUCCGAGCCAAGCAGAAGAACGACAUCGAGGGAGCCAAGCUGUUCCUGCGCCAGGCCAAGGGCCUGGGCCCCAUGAUCGAGGCAUCCCAGGGCGGGCUUCCUGUCGACAUAACCAAAGUGCCCUCAGCCCCCGAAAACAAGGAGGAUUUCGUGCUCAUGCAGCGUCGUGGGGUCAGCAUCUCCCCGGAGGCAGCCAGCCAGUACGUGGAGCUCAUGAAGCGGAUGAAGCAACAGCACGAGAUGUGUAUGAAUUACUCCAAGCAGUUCACUCACCUGGGGAAUAUUGCCGAAACGACCAAGUUUGAGAAGAUGGCCGAGGACUGCAAGAGUAACAUGGAAAUCUUAAAGCAAGCCCACGCCAAGGGCUUCCCGCUGCCCAAGUACCACUACGAGCAGAGGACCUUCAGUGUGGUCAAGAUCUUCCCCGAGCUGAACAGCAACGACAUGGUUCUCACGAUCGUGAAGGGGAUCAACCUCCCAGCCCCGCCAGGCGUGGCUCCCAACGACCUGGACGCCUUCGUGCGCUUCGAGUUUCCCCACCCCAGCACGGAGGAAGCCCAGAAAGACAAGACCAGUGUGAUCAAAAAUACAGACUCCCCCGAGUUCCGAGAGCAGUUCAAGCUGAACAUCAACCGGGGCCACCGAGGGCUCAAGAGAGUCUUUCAGACCAAAGGCCUCAAGUUUGAGGUUGUCCACAAAGGGUGAGUGAGCGGGGGAGCCG